AUGGCGCCAUCCAGCGCUAUCCGCACGCUAGUGAACCGGCUCCGCAGCGGUGGGCGCAAGGCGGUGGAGGCAGCCCGGAUGUUGGCUAACCUGUUGUGUGGCGGCCCCAACAACAGAGCAGCUAUCGUCGCAGCAGGUGCCAUCCCGGCGCUGGUGCAGUGCAUGGGCAGCAGCAACAGCAGCGAGGCUUUGCUGCAGCCAGCAGCCGCAGUUCUGUGCACCCUCUCUUACGGCAGCCCCGACGACAGGGCAGCCAUUGUUGCAGCCGGUGGCAUCUCAGCACUGCUGCAGUGCCUGAGCAGCAGCAGAAGUGAUGACCUGCGGGAGGACGCAUGCGAGGCGCUUCGUAAUCUGGCCUAUCGCAACCCCGACGGCAAGGCAUUCAUUGCAGCAGCCAGCGGCAUCCCAGCCCUGGUGCAGUGCCUGCGCAGCAACAGUGAGGAAGUGCAGCUGUCGGCGGCUGGCACGCUUGCCAAUAUGUCCUGCCAGAGCCCCGACAUCCAGGCAGCCAUUGCAGCAGCAGCUGGUGGCAUUGCUGCGUUAGUGCAGUGCCUGAGCAGCAGCAAUGACGAGCUGCUCAGGGAAGCAACUGGGGCGCUGGGCAACUUGUCACCCGAACACGGCGCCGCCGUGGCAGCAGCUGGCGGCAUCCCUGGCCUGCUGCGCUGCCUGCGCAGCAGCAGCAGCGUGGUCGUGCAGCAGCGCGCAGUCACGAGGCUGGUUAACCUUUUUUCGUGCGGCCCGGAGAACAGUGCAGCCAUUGUGGCCGCUGACGGCAUCCCAGUGCUGGUACGCUGCCUGAGCAGCAGCAUCGAGAUGGUGCAGGAGAACGGCGCUGCGAUGCUGUGCGAGCUGGCAUGUAACAGCCCCGAGAAUGGUGCAGCCAUCGCAGCGGCAGGCGGCAUCCCAAAAUUACUGCGAUGCCUGCGCGUCAGCAGCAGCAAUGCGGUCCUGGAGCAAGCAGUUACUGCGGUAGCCUAUCUGGCAUGGUACAGCCCCGACACCAUUGCAAGCAUUGUGACAGCGGGCGUCAUUCCUGCCUUAGUGCACUGUCUCUGCAGCAGCAGCAGCGAGGCGGUGCUGUUUCAAGCAGCCAAGACGCAGCAGUGCCUGCUGGCUCCACUGCAGCAGCAGCGCCUGGCGCCAGGGUGUGUGCAGCUGAUGGCUGCGGCAGCACGCAUCGUCUGA